UGCACAAUUCAUUGGAAGAAGCAGAAAACUCGCAAUCGAGUUUCGUUGUCUCCCUCUCUCUCUCUCUCCGUCUCUCUGAAUCCCUAGCUUUCCCUCCAUUUUAUCGCCCUUUCUCGCCCGCCAAACGUCCCCCAAUCCCUCUCCUUCCAGCAAUUCACGCGAGUUCGAGGCGUGGCCUGGGUUGUGCUAGGGUUAGGGUUUCUGAUCGCGUCAAUUCCAUGAGAAAAUGGUGAUAUACGAACACGAGAACGAUUUCGAAGGCUCGUGCUCGAAGUCGAUAUGCGAGACGGUGAAUGGAUCGCAUGAUUUCACGAUCAAAGGAUACUCGCUUGCGAAGGGGAUGGGGACGGGGAAGUAUAUAUCGAGCGAUACGUUCACGGUUGGGGGAUACGAUUGGGCAAUUUACUUCUACCCCGACGGGAAGAACAUGGAGGACAGCUCCAUGUAUGUGUCCGUGUUUAUUGCUUUGGCGAGCGAUGGAACAGACGUCAGGGCGCUGUUCGAGCUCACUUUGCUGGAUCAGAGUGGGAGGGGAAAGCACAAAGUACACAGUCACUUCGAUCGGGCGCUAGAGAGUGGUCCUUAUACUCUCAAGUAUAAAGGAAGCAUGUGGGGUUACAAGCGUUUUUUCAGGAGAACAAGUUUAGAAACCUCUGAUUAUAUAAAGGAUGAUUGCCUUGCCAUGCAUUGCACUGUCGGAGUUGUCCGAAACCAUCUGGAGGGUCCAAAACAGUAUAGCAUUGUUGUUCCACCAUCAGAUAUGGGUCAGGAUCUUAAAUACCUACUGGAGUCUGAAGUUGGCUGCGAUAUUGAUUUUCAGGUUGGGGAUGAAAUCUUCAGAGCUCAUAAGUUGAUACUUGCUGCUCGCUCUCCUGUGUUUAAAGCACAGUUUUUUGGGCUUGUUGGAAAUCCUAACAUGGAUAAAGUAGUAUUGCAGGAUCUUGAACCCUCUAUCUUCAAGGCUAUGCUCCUGUUCAUUUACUCAGAUAAGCUUCCUGAUGCACAUGAAAUUGUGGGAUCAACGUCAUUGUCCACAUCAACAAUUAUGGUGCAGCAUCUUUUGGCUGCUGCUGACCGCUUUGGUUUAGAUAGACUAAAACAUUUGUGUGAAGCAAAACUGUGUGAAGAAGUAUGUGUUGACACAGUGGCAACAACACUUAGUCUUGCUGAGCAACAUCAAUGUCCACAAUUGAAGGCUAUCUGCUUGAAAUUUGCAGCGGCAAACUUGGGAGUGGUUAUGAAAUCUGAAGGAUUCAGAUAUAUAGAAGAGAGCUACCCCUCGUUGUUGUCUGAGCUCUUGGAGACAGUGGCAGUUGAAGAUGACUUCUCCGGUCCACAGUUGAACAGGAAGCGGAGUUCCAGCAGCAUUAUUGGCUUAGAUCUGGCAGCAGAUGGGAUUGUAGCUGAAUCUGCAAAUCCCAUUUUCAGGCGUGUCCGAAGGCGCCUAUAGGUUAUUAUGAUAAAAACAGAAUAUAACUAUUUAUCCAGGCAACUUUACUAUGCAUAGCAUGUUCAUAUUAGGUAUUUUUCAUCUGUCUGCUGCUGUAUUGGAUAUAACAAAUCUAAUGCUUUCGUUGAGAGGUGAAACUUUGCCUUCUGCAUUACCCUGGAUUAUGGCAACAUUACCCGGCCUGAAGCUAUAUGGGACUCAUUUCUUCCUCUU